UCCCCCUUCAUCGCUGUUCUGUCCGACGACGCUGACAAUUUAAAAGUUGGAAUGUCAUUAUGUGAUGUUUCAUAUUCCAUCAAUUCAAUUGAUGUUAAUGUACAUAUUGUUUUAACCCAAAUGUACCCGGUGAUAGUGAGACCCCAUUCAUGAAGUACUAAUGAGGAGGGAGAUGAAUUUCAUGAAAAAUGUGUUGGUGAAUAAUAAGACUGGUGAUGCCAUGCAACUUAACAAUGUUGAAAUAUUGUAUACAAAAGUGCAAAGAGUUUAUGUGAAAUCACAGCAUAAGGAGGAGAGGCAGAAAGAUCUGAGGGUUAAUGUGGAAAUUCACUCGGGGAUCAGUCCAGUUUGUCAGAAGAGCCUGUGCGUUCUCCUAGCAGACGACGACGAUCCCUGUUUCCUCUACUCUCUCCUCAUCACUGAUGAGGACUUCAAGAUCCUGAAAGCGCAGCAGGGUCUGCUGGUCGACUUCGACAACUUCGCACCCCAGCUCAUAAGUCUCCUCGAGCAAUGCAACGUGUCCUGUCCUGGAUCAUCAAAAGGUCCACCGAAAUUCCUGCUCCUCCUCACCGAGGAGAAUGGAACGUGGAUCUUCAAAUUGGUGGAGACGAAUAACUUCAAACACUUGUGCCAUCUGAGUCUCAGCAUUGCCCCUGCCAGUGAUCACGAUAUCAAAACCCAUAUGGCGAUGAAGAUUAAAAAGUUGAAGGAAGAUCUUGGAAACAGAAACAAAGAGGCUGUGGGCUUGGAAACAAGACUCAGUGCCCUUAAUGAUGAUUUUGAGAGGAAAGUUAGAGAGUACGAGCAGUUGGAACAGAGGUUUUCGACGGAGCAGAACCAGUUGCAGAUGACAACGACACACCAAUUGAGUAUUGAGAAAGAAAGAUUGGCCCAGGCGAAACUAGAAUGGCAAAAGCUCUCAGAAUUAGAAAAAAUCAACAUAGAACGUCGUCACAGUGAGAUCCUGCAGCAGCUCCACGUAGAGCUCUCAGACCUUCGCGCUCAAAAUUUAUCCUACCGAGAGAAGCAAAAUGUCCUCGAGUUAACGAAUGCCGACCACCUGAAGCAACUGCAGACCCUGGAGAGAGAUCUCGAGAUAGCCCAGCGUGACCUCUCCCAUCUCAAGAAACAAAACUCAAAGCUCGACGUCGAUUACCACGACAAAGACAAAGUCGUCAAUGACUUGAGAAUGAGAGUAGCCGUUCUCGAGCAAGACCUGAAAGACAAGACAAUCCUCAUCAACAAACACGUAGAAAUGUGGAAAACUGGGAAAGAGCAGAAACAACAACUCGAAGAAUUACUCGCAGACAAAGAGAAUCAACUGCAAAGAAAACAGAAUUCCCUUAAACACGUGGGGGAAGAAGUAAUAAAAGCAAAUGAAGUCAUUAAAAAAAUCCAGAAUGAACUGUCAACAGCUAAAUCCAAAUUAAAAUUGAGAACAAGUAUUUGUCUAGAGCAGGAAAAAUUGCUGGAUACGAAGCAGAAAGAGAUUGGUCAGCUGGAGACGAAGGUUGAGGAAAGUUCCAAGAUCAUUCGAGACUUGAAGUCAGACGUGGAGAGCUUGCGGAACGAAGUAAGGACACUCAAGUCCCAGAUAGAAUCCCAGGAGAAAACGAUAAAGAAUAAUGACAAUGUCAUCAGCUGGUUGAAUCGCAGGUUAGCGGACAAUCAGAUGCCUCUUCAGAAUGUAACAACUCCAGUGGCCAUUAAUGUUCCAUCGAAUUUUCAAUUGACAUUGCCACGGACUAAUAAAUUUAUCACGAAUAAAUACGACAGCAAAACACCAACGACUGGGACAACUCUUCAGCAGAGUGCUCCAUUGACGGGUGGAUUCAACCUCAGGAAUGGAAUCCAGACAUCGAAUGCUAAUCAAACGUCGAGAACUUCCCCGGGACGUGCGGGGCUCGGGCUGAUCACGGACAACACUGUGGAACCUGGGGGUUUUACCAGAACUGGGCACAUGGGUAGCACCAGCACACCCAUGGAGAGAAUGAAUAUUUACCAUAAAUUACCGAGCGCUGGCCUCGUGGAGAUCGCGGGGGUUAAUGGAGGAAAUGAGAAUAAUAAUGGGCCCUUGGGAUCGAAUAUGGUGCGGUCAAAGAGUGCGACUGGGGUGGGGUUGAGAAGGGCGGUAUUGGAUAAACCUUUGUUACCUUCUGCUUAUUUUUCAAAGCCUUUGCAUUGACCUUCUCAUUUUCUUUGUUUUAUAAAAAUGUAGAAGGGAGGAGAUUCUUUCAUGGAAGAAAGGGGAGGUAGAUGGGGGAGUGGGGGAGGAUUUUGUAUGGUUAAUGUUGUUAAUAUACUGUUGUUCAUUCAGCAGUUAUUCAUGAAAAAAUUUAAUUUCACAAUCUAGCGUUUUAAGUCCGUUGACUUUCACAGAAUCUUGUUUGCAAGGCAGUAAGAAUUUGUUUAAAGUUAUGUCAGAUUGUAUGUUAAGAAAAUUAGUUCCUGGUUUGAAUCAAUUGUAUGAAUAAUUAUGCAUUUACAUGUUGUUAUUUUGUUAUUUUGCCAUCAGAUAUUGGCAUGUAAUAACAAACAAUUAUUCGUAUAGAACCGGCGAACAAUAGAUUAUCUAGAAAAGGGCCAUUUCGAGACUUUUUCCUGUGAAUAAAUAUUUUUAAGAACAAAUGUUGCAUAAUUAUUGAUAGAAUUUAUGUGAAAAAUAACAAAAUAAGUGGAAAAUCUAUUGGAAUAACAAUUUUCAAUAGAUUUUUAAAUCAGUUUUAAAAAUUGGAUCGAGUUACAGUAGAAAUUUAACAGAUUUUCUUUUUAAUUUUCAAUAACUUUCUAAUCCGAUUUUAACAAAUCGUAUCGAGUUAUCGCAGACAUUUAACAGAUUUUCAUACCGUAAACGCUAGGUUGUUUCAUUAAAUCGGCCUAUUCAGACUGAAUUUUGUAUCGUCUAAUUGACAAUUUUUUAAUUCAACAUUUUAUUCUUGUUUCGAGGUGUAAUACUUUCAUUUAAAAAACAUUAAUUUCCGGUCCAGAAAUUUAUGGAUUUAUUGUAGAAUGGAGAAUCACACUCUCGAAACUACCUUAAUUAAUUAGUAAAACAAUAAUGACUUGGAAAAACUGGACAUUUACAGUUAAAGAGUCAAAUAAUCUUCAAAGAAAAUUUGUUUUAUCGAGUCGACAAUAUUUUAGAAAAAUGAAAAGCUUUACUUUAGCAACAAAAACAUCAUAGAAUCAAAAAUAAUCUAAUAAUAAUAAUAAAUUUGUAAUGGAUGUUAUGAAACGCAUAAUUCUCCCUCAUAAAACAAUAUAUAUUCAUAGUUUGAAAAUGUUUUUUUGAGAGGAGCAAAUCUAUCGUCGCAUUACAACUGCAACAACUUAGAAAAUACAAUUUUGUACAUAAAAAAAUUGCCUUAAAACUCUAAUUAAGAUUCGAGUGUCAGCAGCAAUUUGUAGUGUCAAUACAAGAGAUCUCUGAGUCCUCUUCUUCGUAUGUUAAGAAAAAUAUUGUUCGAUACUCGUUGAAGAAGUUCUUCUCGGCUUCAAAGUACAAAUUCGGUCAUAAUCGAUGGCACUAGCAUAUGUUCUUGGUUUUCAGGGUAUUGAAUGUGUCUUGCCUUAGCACAUCAUCGUUUGUAUAUAUUAGAUUCGUUUCAUUUGUAUUCUAAUUUAAUAUCACAUGUAAUGUUUGAGGGGCCACUUGCAAACAAAUAAUACAAACAAUAUAAAAUCGUAAUUGAAUGCCCAGUAGUUGCUGGUGUUAGUGAGAGGUGAGAGAGUUUGUUGAGUUAAGCUACGAUAUUAUCAAUGAUAAACUUUUUAAUAAAAUUAUAUGUUGUACAAUGA